GCGCAAAACAUGGCAGACGCGAAGCCGGCAAUUGUUCAGCUGCCCCGGACUUUCUGAACUUGCGCGCGCCCAAAUGUGCAUAUUUUGACCGCAUAAUUUGUUUGCGUGCUCUUUAUAGGGCACUUAAUCGAGUUUAUUGGUAUGACAUCUAUCAUAAAACUUCACGCCAUUUCGGGCGUUCAGGAUGAAUCGCCGCAGUGCUACCUCUUGCAAGUGGACGAAUUUAAGUUCUUGCUCGACUGCGGUUGGGACGAGUUCUUCAGCUUGCAAGCUGUCAAAGAAAUGAAGAAGCAUGCAAGCCAGGUGGACGCAGUGCUACUUUCUUUUCCCGACUGCGGACAUUUGGGGGCGCUGCCGUACCUGGUGGGACAGUGCGAGCUCAAGUGCCCCAUCUAUGCGACCGUGCCCGUCUACAAGAUGGGCCAGAUGUUCAUGUACGACCUGUUCCAAUCGCGCCACAACAUGGAGGACUUCACUCUCUUCACCCUCGACGAUGUCGACGCAGCCUUCGACAAGAUCAUUCAACUCAAAUAUAGCCAAACAGUCAAUCUCAAAGGCAAGGGCCAAGGCCUAUCCAUCACUCCACUUCCAGCCGGCCACAUGAUCGGGGGUACCGUGUGGCGCAUAGUCAAGGAUGGCGAGGAGGACAUUGUCUACGCCGUGGACUUCAACCACAAGAAGGAGCGGCACCUCAAUGGCUGUGCCCUCGAGACUAUUAGCCGCCCCUCUCUGCUCAUCACAGACUGCUACAAUGCAAACUAUGCACAGGCACGAAGGAGGACGCGCGACGAGCAGCUCAUGACCAACAUUCUCCAGACUCUGCGGAACAGCGGCAACGUGCUCGUGGCUGUUGACACUGCCGGCCGUGUCCUCGAACUGGCCCACAUGCUGGAGCAACUGUGGCGCAACCAGGAUUCUGGCCUGAUGGCCUACUCUCUGGCCCUCCUCAACAAUGUCAGCUACAAUGUGGUUGAGUUUGCCAAGUCACAGGUGGAGUGGAUGAGCGAUAAGGUGAUGCGCUCCUUUGAGGGUGCACGCAACAACCCGUUCCAGUUCCGACACCUCCAACUUUGCCACGGCAUGGCAGAACUCGCCAGGGUGCCCGAGCCAAAGGUUGUGCUCGCCAGCAUGGCUGACAUGGAGUGCGGCUUCUCGCGGGAGCUCUUCAUCCAGUGGUGCAGCAGCCCACGCAACAGUGUGGUGCUCACAAGUCGCUCGGCGCCCGGCACGCUGGCACGGCAACUCAUCGAGAACCCACACCAGCAGUCACUCACUAUCACGGUCAAGAAGCGCGUUCGCUUAGAAGGCUCAGAACUCGAAGAAUACAUGCGCAAGGAGAAAGAGCUUGCCGCUGCACGACACAAAGCCGAACGCGACACGGAACUGGAUGCUUCUGACUCGAGUGAGGAAAGUGAGGACGACAUGGACAUUGACGAAAAGAAGCCACAGCCAGAGCCAAAAGGAGAGGCAAAAUCCAAAAGCAUGGGCUUCUUCAAACAAGCCAAAAAGUCGUACCUCAUGUUUCCUGUGAAAGAAGAGAAGGUCAAGUGGGACGACUACGGAGAAAUAAUACGGCCCGAAGACUUUGUGGUCGUCGACAAAACGGCACAGGAGGAAGAAACCGAUGAAACCAAGGCCGAGGACGACGACCUCAUGCAAGACGUCACCGAGGUUCCAACCAAGUGCCUGGAGAGCUCUCUGCAGUUGGACGUGAAUGCAUCACUGCAGUUUAUCGACUUUGAAGGCCGCUCGGACGGAGAGUCUGUGCGGAAGAUUGUGCAGAUGAUGAAACCACAGCGGGUAAUCCUCGUGCGCGGUAGUCCCGAGGCUACCCAGGCCAUGGCUGCGUUCUGCCGGUCGUCGGGCUCUGUCCAAGGUCGCGUCUUCACCCCGCGGAUAGGCGAGGUGGUCGACGCAACAACGGAGUCGCACAUCUACCAGGUGAAGUUGCGUGACUCACUCGUGAGUUCCCUGCAGUUCUCACGGGCCAAGAAUGCCGAGCUGGCAUGGCUCGACGGAGAGAUCGCAACGGAGGAGCAUCUGGCCCCCGACGGGACUCGUGACGAAAGCAUCGAUGAAGAUGAGAGUAGAGAGAGCAUGUACAUACUUCAACCAUUGCCACCCAGUCAGGUACCGGGACACGCGACCAUUUUUGUUAAUGAACUCAAACUCUCAGAUUUCAAGCAAGUGCUUCUUCGCAACGGAGUCCAAGCCGAGUUCUCCGGUGGGGUUCUGUACUGCAACGGCAUUGUGGCAGUGCGAAGGAACGAAGCCGGCCGAAUCAACAUCGAAGGUUGCCUGUGUGAAGACUACUUCAAAGUGCGCGAAAUCCUAUACCAGCAGUAUGCCAUCAUCUAGAAAUAAACAUGUUUUUAGAAAUGUA